AUGAUGACAUCUUCAUCUCUAUUUCUUAUGAAACAUUUAUGUUGUGUGUGCAUUAAUGAAAGAGGAAAGGAAGAAAAACAACUAAGAUAUGCCGAAUUAUGGCAACAAUCUGUUCUUGUGGCAAAUAUGUUGUCGGAUAAAACAAAACUGAAUAACCAAGAACAACCGUUACCGCAUAUUAUAUUAUGUUAUCCAUUUGGCUUAGAUUUUAUUGUUUCAUAUGUUGGAUGCUUAUUAGCAAAUACGAUUGCCGUACCAGUCUAUCCGCCAAAUCCAGGAUCAAUAAAACAAUCAUUAUUGAAAUUAAACAAAGUUGUUGAUAAUUGCAAGCCAAUUCUAGCACCAACUAAUUCGACAUUCAAUCGUUACAGAAGAUUCAAUUCAAUAAUACAAAAAUGGCCUAAAACUUUACAAUGGCUUUGCACAGAUACAUAUAUCGAACAGAAUACUAAACAUAUAAAUGAGUUAUUCUUGAAUAAAUUACCUGGCUUAUCAAAUGAUAAAUCCCAAAUAGCAUUUAUUCAGUAUACAAGUGGUUCAACAGGUGAUCCAAAAGGUGUUUGUAUAUCCUAUACAAAUUUUCAACUAAAUAGAUAA